AAACAUUUAAUUACCCACCCGCAACCCAUUAAACCCAAACCCACACCCUUCAAAAACAAGAAAACAAGAAAAUUUCAUUUUGUGUUCUUUCGAUCAUCCUCACCCCUCUUUCCAAAAUUCAAAUCCUAAAACCCUAAUUUCACAUAUAAAAAACAAAAUCCCCAAUUUCAAUCCUCUCAUUUCCUUACCUCCAAAACCCUAGUUUUUUAUGUGUAUGUAUAUGUAUUAAAAUAUAUACAUACACAUGCAUAUAUACACUAGAAGGAAGAUGAAGGCUGUUUGUAACAACAACAGUAAAAAAAGUAAUUUAGAUGUCUUUGAUUUCAAAGAUGAAGCCACUGAUUUUGGAAUCAGGAUUCAAUCCAAUAAUGCUAUUGAUAAAUAUACUUUCCUUGCUACUGCGGCAUCAGGAAAGGCUGUUUCAGCUGAGGAGAUUAAGUAUGUUCCGGUUUUAGACAUUGAUGCUUUAGACAUUAAUCACGUGUCUACUACCCUAUUAGAAGAUGCUCCUGAUAGAAUCGUGGCUGGUUCAAAGAAAGCGGUUGUAGUUACUGAACAUCCUUCUGAAUCUAGUCCAGAACUCGGAACUUUUUCUGAAUCAGCGGUCAGUGCACCUGCUGAUGCAGUGGUCAAUGUGGCUGUCACAUCAGCUUCAUGUAGCAAUGUCAAAUCAAAUUCGCUAGUUGUUGAUUCUUUGCCCAGUCUACCUGAACAUGAUGAGGCAGGUGAAAUGGAUCCGUGUGAAAAUGGAAGUGUAUCUGAGAGAUCUCCCUCUUCUUGUGGCGAAGCUGACAGUGAUGGUACUGGACCUUCAUCAGAUCACUGCAUUGAUGAGUGGGAACCGGAGAGUGAAGAUAUGGCAACAGUUGUCUUCUAUCCUGAUUACCUGACGUACGGUACUAGUUAUUAUACAGAUUCUAUGAUAUCUUUUACUAGUGAUUCCAUAGAAAUGGAGGGUUCAACCGGAGAUGGAGAUGACGACACUGUCAAAUGCAAAUGGAGUAUUAAUGAUAUACUCCAUAUCCGCUCUCAUUGGUAUAGCCAGCUUGAGUUGGUGAAGAUUCAUGUAAUUACAAAGGAUAAAUUAGAGGCUGAAAUUGUUGAAUUCUCUUCAGGCACUGAAUUGAAAUUUGCAGUUCCUGGGCCUGGAUGGCACGAGAGAUUUGAAGAAAUUGCAUCUUUGAAUGUGAUGUACAAAGCUUUAUGGAGCAGCAUGUUUGAGCCAGAAGAUGCAGUAAUUAGACACUCUGGAGUAUCUUCUUCAACAUCUCUUCCCAAAUUUGAUCCGCCUUUUGAGGAGGUUGUGUAUCCAAAAGGUGACGCUGAUGCGGUGGUUUUAAGCAAAAGAGACUUUGAUUUACUGCAACCAGACACAUUUGUCAAUGACACCAUCAUUGACUUUUAUAUCAAGUACUUGAAAAAUAAAAUCAAGCCUGAAGAGAGGCAUAGGUACCAUUUUUUCAACAGUUUUUUCUUCCGGAAGCUAGCUGAUCCAGAUAAAGAUCAACUUGAUGCUUCUCAAGGGAAGGCUGCUUAUCAGCGUGUCAAGAAAUGGACAAGAAAAGUCAAUCUCUUUGAGAAAGAUUAUAUUUUUAUCCCUGUAAAUUAUAAUUAUCACUGGAGUCUUAUUGUCAUUUGUCAUCUCUGUGAAGUGGCUACGCAUGAAGGUGAAGAUGCGAAUGAGUCAAUUAGGGUUCCAUGUGUUUUGCAUAUGGAUUCUCUCAGAGGCAGUCAUUCUGGUCUAAAAGGUCUUGUUCAAAGUUAUCUUAGGGAAGAGUGCAUAGGGAGGCAACAGGUGGCAUCUGAAGACGUCUGCUCAAAAUUUGAUAACUUGAGAUUCAUUUCUCUAGAGUUACCGCAGCAGCCAAAUUUAUAUGAUUGUGGUCUAUUUUUGCUCCAUUAUGUAGAACUUUUCUUGGAGCAAGCUCCUCUACAUUUUAGUCCAUUUAAGAUCAUAAAUAGCUCCAAUUUUUUAAAUGUGGAUUGGUUUUCACCUGCUGAAGCAUCUCUGAAAAGAACAGUUAUCCAAAGAUUAAUUUGUGAACUGCUGGAGAAUCCUUAUCAUGAAUCUUCUUCCGCUGCUGGUAAUGAAGAACGGUGCUACCUCAGUUUUUCAACAACAAAUGUCUACAAGGAUUGUGUUGUAAAUUUAUCUCCAGAGAGAUGCAAGCAAUCAACCCCUCAUCAAAAUUCUCAUGUUGCUCAUGAAAUUGGAAUCUCUUUAACACCAUCAUCAUCUGUACAAUGCGUUGACGAUCCUACCAUGACUUCCAAGUUAUCUUUUCAAUCAGGGCUGUUUUUAGAUACACCUUUUCAAGGCUUCAACGAUGCAACUACUUUUGAGGAGUUAAAGGGGUCUGAGCAGGAAGUUGUGGAAGGUGAUGUGCAGUUUGUUUAUACUCAAACGGAGUCUGGAAUCCAACAAGCAAAUGGAAUCAUACCCGAAGAUCUAUAUUCAUCUCAAGAUUUUAAAACUUUGGAACCUUGGCAAGUGCCUGGGAUCAACCUUGAAACAUUACCAGAAGCGUCAACAUCCGUGUGUGAGGAUUCCCCAGAACUAGUUAAGGAAAGUCAACUUGAUUCAGAAAUUUUUUUGAGGCAAAAUAUAGAUAAAACUAGAUCACCAAUACACAACACAUUGUCAGAACAUGUUCAUAUGGUUGAUGUUAAUGAAGGUGACGAUCCUAGAUUUCCUGAUAGUCAAGGUACUUCUCCCACUGAUUCCGUAACUUCCCCAAGGUUGAAAUCAGAUCUGCAGAACCCCACCAAAAAGAUGCGAAUGGAAUGUGAAGCUCUGUGAAUAGUGAUGUGGUAACUGGUAAACCAGGAUUAGGAUUGAUGCUAAUAUUUUAUUUGGAGGGGGGUCUCUAUGGUUUGUGUAAGAAUGGCGAGUGGAUCCCAUCAUAAUUUAGGUCUAUUAAACGUUUUGGAUACUUUCAUGUCAGCUUUAGAGUACAUAAUCUAAUCGUAUGGUUGUAAAAAGGCAAGUCAUUUCACAAACACGGAACAGCUGCUCUGGUGGUCUAUUUUUCGAUUUUUCUUUCUUUCUGAAUUUAAUGGAAGUAAGUUCAUUAGUGGAAAAAAUUCUUGGAAACCGUAGACAAAUGAUUUUUUAUAUCUUGUUUUCUAAAUUUAAUGAAAUAUUCUAACCAUCAAAUUUUUCAAUUUA